ACCAUCUUCAGAUCUCAUGGCAAAGGAGGCAAUUGUUCAUGGAGGCGAUUAGCCACACAUUCCAUUUGACUAUGAGUUAAUCAUUAUUGGAGCUAAGUUACUGGGUAUAUAAGGGUAAAUUAUACUAAUUGUUCUACCUUUGCAUAUUUUUGAAAUUUUUCACAACAAAAAGCUAGAACAAUUUUUUUCCCCAGAGGUCGGAGUUGCCCAAUUUACUUCACCCCCAGGAGAGAGAACACAAGCCCUAUCCAGUGAGUCACUGCAUCGGCUCAUAAUCCAGCAUUGAAUGGUGGGGUCCAGUAGUGUUAUUGGUCUGGUGACUGAACUAAAGGGAGGUUACUUGUCAUCCUUCUCCAAGAUGGAGACAGGGUAACCAAAGUAAGCUUUCCCAUUCAGACGGGAAUGAUGGGAAAAACACAGCAGGAUUUUGACCCAUCUCUGUCCUGGGUGGGAAUUUGAGACCUCUCUGGGCUUAGAUGGAGCUGUGUCCUGACAGGCUUCACUGUAGACUGGGCAGGUGGGGGACAUAAUGAGGAGAGUUCCACUCUAGGGGUCAGUAUUUACAUUGGAAGCUUAAAUUAACUCAGAGGGCCUAUUUGUUUUAUUUAAAUAUACACCUUUUAGUGUGUAGACCGGGGUAUGGCCAGGCUCUCUUUAGAUGGGCCCAGGAGUGGAGUGCAGACCUUCAGUUUCUGUUAACAUCCCUAGAUCUUGCUGUCACCUACCAUCCCAUAUGUCAGGUCUCAGCCCAUAGCUUCUCCAGGGUCUCAGAGAGCAGAGGGCUCCCACUUCCCCUAGAGACUUCCCAAAGCAUAGAAUUGGGUGUAUUUCUUUCCUCUGUUUUAUUUCAUUCAUUUUAGUUCUUCAGUCCACUUUCUCCUCCAGGAAUUCAUUGAAAUCUCAGAUGCAAUGAUGAUCCCUGUUGCUGCCUUUUCUAAGACCAUGGUUUUGUUCCUUACUGUACAUGUUCACAUUCUUUUCAGUGGGAUAUUGAAGUGAAAGACAUGGGCUCCUUCUGCCGUCUUCAACGGGAAGUUUUGAGUUUUGAGAGACUGAGCUGGUAUUACAACACAGAAGCAGUAGUUGCAACACUUUUGUUUUGUCUGUUUGUGGUAAAGGAACAAAAAUAGUUUCUCUUGGUUGGCUGUGGGUCCUCGGUCCGGCAGAGCUAAUCGUCCUGUAUUGAGAUGCUUGAAAGCUUUAUUAAAAAUGUUUGGAUCCCCACGAAGCCCUACUACACUCUAGUUUACCAGGAGAUUUGGGUAGGAAUGGGUUUGAUGGGUUUCAUAUAUAAGAUCAGAAGUGCUGAUAAAAGAAGUAAAGCUUUGAAAACUUCAAGCCCUGCACCUGCCCACGGUCACCAUGAAGCAGCUUCAUGUGGUUCCCAUCAGAUGAGACGUCAGUCUGGCUAUAAAUUUAAGCAAGUAGUGUUAGGUACAGGAACAUGGCUGUCCACUUGCACCAUUUACUUGGUGGCAUGAAUAAACGUGUGUGAGUUUGGGGAAAAAAAUCGUUCUUUUUGAUUGGUUGAUGACUGUAAAAAUGGCACCAAGUGUAAAAAUGGCUUGGUGGCAGUGUCAGACAUCCUCUUAACUUCACG